GGAUUCUGGGAAUUAUACCUGUGUAGUGAGAAAUUCCUCCGGCAGCGUGCGGAAGACUAGCGCGGUCUCUCUUCACGUAGAAGCUCUGUUUGAUGCCCCAGUAAUAAGAACUAAUCGGUCAUCAGUGACAGAGGACGAUGAGAUGACCCUGACCUGUGACACAGCACGUCACCCGGCCAGAGCUUCUACAGAGCUGCAAUUUGCAUUCUACAGAGAUGGGAGGAAUGUGCAGAAAUUCAGGGCAUCCCCUACGUACAGCGUUGUGUCGGCGCAGCUGGAGCAUUCUGGGAGCUAUUCAUGUGAUGUGAGGACUGGCAGCGGCAGUGUGUGGAAGAGGAGUGACGUGUUACCUAUACAGAUACAAGCUCUGUUUGAAACUCCACAAAUAAAAAGUAAUCCGUCCCCAGUGACAGAGGGUGAUGAGAUGACCCUGACAUGUGACACAACGCGUCACCCGCUCACAGAUACUAUGGAGUUGGAAUUUACAUUCAACAAUCAUAAUAGGGCUACGCAGGUCUUCAGUACGUCGCCUACAUACAGCGUUCCGUCAGCACAGGUGAAGCAUUCUGGGGUUUAUAACUGUGAGGUGAGAGUGCCCAGCAGCGGAUACUGGAAGAGUAGUGAUGAGGUAUAUAUACCGAUAGCAGCUCUGUUUGAUACUCCGAAAAUAAGAAAUAGUUGGAUACCAAGAGUAGAGGGUGAUAAGAUGGUUCUGGUCUGUAGCACAACACGUAACCACGCCAUAUCUACCACAGAGCUGCAGUUUGCUUUCUACAGAGAUAGGCAGGUUGUGCAGGACUUCAGCGCAUCUGCUACAUACAGCAUUCCGGCAGCGCUGCUGGUGCAUUCUGGGUAUUAUACCUGUGAUGUGAGGACUACCAGCGGCAGUGUGAGGAAGAAGAGUAACAAGUUAUAUAUACAGAUACACGUUCUGUUUACUACCCCGGUAAUAAGAAAUAAUCGGUCACCGGUAAUAGAGGGCGAUGAGAUGACCCUCACCUGUGACACAACUUGUUACCCGGCCGUAUCUACCACAACGCCGGAAUUCAUUUGGGUCAGUGCUGAGCAGAGUGAUUCGCAAAACUACUAUGAAGAUGACACAUACAGUACUCUGUCAGUGCAGCCGGUGCGUUCUGGUGAUGAUGUAAGUGAUGUGGUGACCCCCAGCGGCAGUGUGGGGGUGAUAAUGGAUACUACAGACCUGGAGUUUGCUUUCUACAGAGAUGGGCAGGUUCUGCAGGACUUCAGUGCAUCUGCUACAUACAGCGUUCCGGCAGCGCAGCCGGUGCAUUCUGGGAAUUAUACCUGUGAGGGUAGGACCCCCAGCGGCAGUGUGAGGAAGGAGAGUAACGAGUUAUCUAUUCAGGUAGAAGCCCUGCAUGUAUCUCUGCAAAGAAGAAAUUCUUUAUAUUAUGAUGUUACAGAGAGUGAUGAGAUGACGCUGACCUGUCACACAAAUUUGUCCGCCUCAGCUACAAUAUACCUGGAAUUCGCUUUCCAUAGAGAUUGGAACUGUGAGCAGAAUUUUAGUGCAUCUGCUACAUACAGAGUUGCGGCAGCGCAGCUGUGGCAUUCUGGGAAUUAUACCUGUGACGUGAGAAUGUCCGGCGGCAGUGUGUGGAGGAGUGACGUGUUAUCUAUACAGGUAGAAGGAAUCUUUAGUACUCCACAAAUAAGAAACAGCCGAUCAUCCGUGACGGAGGGUGAUAACAUGACUCUGACCUGUGACACCAGACGUUACUGCGUCAUGGUUGCUGCAGGACCGGAGUUUGCUUUCUACAGAGAUGGGCAGAUAGUGCAGGACUUCAGCGCUUCUGAUACGUACAGCGUUCCGCCAGCACAGCUGGAGGAUUCUGGGUACUAUUCCUGUGAUGUGAGAAUGCCCAGAGACAGUGUGAGGAAGAAGAGUGACAACGUGUAUAUCCAGAUAGAAGGUUCUACCAGCGAAAAUGGCAGUUCCCCUGCCACGCAUGAGGUGGUGGCACCUCCAGAAUCCUAAAGGAGGACACCGGAAGCCGCUGACCAGAUGACGCUGGACUCUAGCUGAGGACAGCCCACCUCAUGCUCUUACUCACUGAUCGCUCCCUGAUGAAUUAUAUAUGCGUUUCGUCUGUAUUUACACACCUGACAAAGAGGUUUCUCCAUUUUGUGCAGAAUAGGACUCGUGUCAUUGGGGUUACAGUAUGUGUUGGGGGGUUUAUUGGCGCAAAAUACACAAAUCUGUCGUGUGCAUGCAGAGAAGAGACACAAGCCUAGAUCUGUGUACAAGUUCUGUGGCAUCGCUGUGCUAUCAGUGUGGCUGCUGCAUUAUACAUUACAGGAAGGCGCUGUUGCUAUCCACAUUAAUUGCUAUUUUCAUUUGUACCGCUGCAAUUGAGAAUAUUUCCGUGUGAUUUUUAUAGGAGAAGAUGAUGGCGGUUUGUAUUUAAUUUCAUUCUUAUUCUGUAUUUGUGUCUGUAUUUUACAUGGUAAAUGUGACUUUUGCGUUCAUUGUUAACACUGUCCAGGUGCUAUUCCCUCUUUUUUCUUAAUCUUUUUCAACUUUUUCAUACUUUGCGAUCCACGUGGGCUACAACUGGGAUCGGUAACCUGUGCCGAGCGCAGUGGUAGCAGAGUGAGGCACUUUGCACGAAGUAUGGCGAGCGGACAUGGUGCAAUAAUUGGGGUUCCCGGUCACUUUACGAAGAAAAUUACCCCAAUUUUUUAUUUUAAGACUCAUGUUGACCUUUUUCCAUGUCGACCUCUUGUUCAUGUCAACCUAGUGACUGUUGACAUAUUUCAGGUGUCAGUCUAGUCACUAUUAACCUAAGUUUGGUCGACCCUAUGAUCCACGCCCCUUGUGUAUGUGUAUAUGAGCACAAGCUGGGUCAUGUGACUUCAGCAUUUGCAACUAACACUGGGGGUCAUUCCGCCCCUACCGCUCGUUGCAGUUUAUCGCAGCGCAGCGAUCGGGUCGGAACUGCGCAUGCGCCGCCACCGCAGUGCACUUGGCGCAUGCCAGACGAUCGUAGGCCAUCGUUGCCUUGCGAUUGCCUUUGAGGAAGAGGCAGUCGUUGGGCGGGAGGGGGCUGGAUGGCGGUGUUAAGCCGCCGUUUAGGGUGCAUAGUCCGGCCAACGCAGGCGUGGCUGGACUGUUGGGGUGGCGGGUCAUGGCGGCUGCAGGACG